GUGAACCAAAGGGAUGCGGCUCUACUCCGUCGGCCCAACUUUGCUCACCCGGACGUCGGCUCACUGUUGUCGGCCACGGAGUCGGACACUCCCUCUGAAUAUAUGGACCCAUUGCAUAACACACCGGCGAUGCCUAUAUUGCCUGAUAUGCCCACCAGAUCUCGAAAGCUUCUCGAAGAUCUUGGAAGCACUUCCAUAAUGGGAGGGCCGGGAGGAGGAGGUCAUCGCUCGGGUUAUAGUCAUUUAGAGCAUAAUAUGAUGAGAGGAUCGCCUAAGAAAACACAACAAUGUCUAACUGAAAACUCGGGGCACGACACGGUCGGGCGCCCUACCAUUCAUAUGUUACAGUUCGCACCGAACACAACGAAAUAUCCCAAAUACCCGUUUCCAGUAAAACGAAUACUUCUAACUCAAGAUCCAAAGAUACGGUCAGUUAGUGGUAAUGGACUUGGUUUGAAGGUUGUCGGCGGACAGGAGAUACCCGGAAGUAAUAUGAUUGGAGCAUACAUUCAAAAAAUACAUCCAAGCCUUACAAUGAUGGGAGAGAUUAGAGAAGGUAUU